UGGCCCUUCAAAACUAUUAGCGCCCGCACCGCCAUUUACAUGAGGCGGUUCCGUUAGUUUUUUUGUUAAGUAAACCUGUAACCGCUUUUUCUUCUUCUUCUUUCUUCUUCUACCCACCUCUCUCUCCUCCCUCUUCUCCAAGUAACUCUCUAUAUACAUAUAUACGCAUAUAUACAUAUAUACACACAAAAAUACUACUAACUCUCAUCACCCUUUCUGUUUUGAGUUUUUUUCUUUUUUGAAAUUUGGAGCUUUUUCGUUGUCAAUCUUAUAGAAAGUAGGAAAUCUUAGUUACCCAAUAAUGUGCAUGAAUAAUUAGUAUUUUCGUAUACACAAAUUAUUGAACUAAUGUUUUGCUUUACGAAUUCUCAGCCUCAUCAUCAUCUUCAUCAUAAUCCCUGUAAAUUCUCUUCUUCUUCUUCGAUGUAUACCAAUUCGUCGACCUUAAUUCAACUGACUGUUUUUUUCUUUUGUUAAAUUCUGAUAGAAUAGAUACUUUUUUUUUUCUUCUUCUGUAAAUCAAAUUAGCUUUUUCGAUACUUUUUAGUUAGUUAUGGACUUUAAUUCAUCAAAACAUGAGAUUGUCGUUGAUGAUCGAUUUUCCGAAGAGGGUAGUGGAGAUUCAGCAUCGGAGACAAUUCAAGAUCACGAGUCAUCGUCCCUUUCCGAUUGCGAAAGUGGGAUCUCCGGUGUUGAUUCGGAGCGAACCGGGUUCAUCAAUGGAGAUGGGUUGGUUCGGUUAUUAGAAGGAGACAGAGUACAUGGUAUCAUUAAGAAGAGAUUCGUCUCGAGUUUGGGUUCGAUUGGAGCGAAAACUACAAUCGUAGCGAUUCACAGAAACACCCAUUCGAGCAUUGUGGGAGAAGCUCGGCUACAUUCGUUUCAGAUAUUCUCGAAAGCCAUGGCAAGCAAAUGUGGAGGUAAUGCCAAUGUCAAGUUCGGUUGGUACCAACCUUCUUCUAAAGAUGAAAUCUCGAAGAUCUUCUCACAUGGCUUCGCUCAAUUCCACAAUCCUCAACAUAACUAUGGAUUGUACGGUCACGGUCUCUAUCUUUCUCCAGAUGAUUAUCCAUUCGAAAGUGUGGAAGGUUCAUGCGUUGAUGAAGACGGCAUACGACAUCUUUUGUUGUGUCGUGUAAUACUUGGCAAAUCUGAGGAGGUGCGUUUAGGUUCUCAACAGUUCCUUCCGAGUUCUGAUGAGUUUGACUCGGGUGUAGACAAUCUCUCUUCACCUAAAAAGUACAUUAUAUGGAAUACCCACAUGAACACUUGUGUUUUGCCUGAAUAUGUCAUUAGUUUCAGAGCUCCCAUUUCCUCUAAAGUUUCUGAUAGGACCCAAGAGUCUUUUAAGAGACCCACUUCACCUUGGAUGCCAUUCCCAACUUUGAUAUCAGUACUUUCCAAGUUCUUACCUCCACGGCCUAUUGCUUUAAUCUCCAAGUACCAUAGGGAUUAUAAAGACAAGAAGAUAGCUAGGAAUGAACUAAUACAACGUGUGAGAACAAUAGCAGGAGAUGAGUUGUUGACUAAAGUGAUAAAAACCUUCAGAUCAAAGCAACCAAGAGUACAGCAGCAGAGUAAUGUGGUUGAGCACAAUCAGAGCAAGAAUAAUUUGGGCAAGUAAAGUGAGAAAGAGGGGGUCCACCAGAUGCUAAGAGACAAAUUGAAUGGCUCAAAGUAUUUUGGCAUCUUAGAAAGGUUUACUUGGUUAAUAAUAUUGAAAAGAAAGCUUAAUAUGUUCUGUUGUAGUCUUCUCUUGAAAGUGAAAAUGAAAAAUAAAACAUUUGUUGGUUGGUUCUUGAUA